UUUCCGUCAGACGAAGGGUGGCCAUUCGCCAAGUACCUGGGAGCGUGUGGGCGCAUGGUAGCUGUCAACUACGUGGGCGAGGAGCUGUGGAGUUUCUACAAUGCACCCUGGGAGAAGAGGGUAGACUUGGCGCGCCAGCUCAUGGACAUUGCAGAGCAGCUCACCAACAACGACUUUGAGUUUGCCCUCUACCUGCUCGAUGUCAGCUUCGAUAACUUUGCGGUCGGCCCACGCGACGGAAAGGUCAUCGUCGUUGAUGCUGAGAAUGUUCUGGUGGCAGACAAAAGGCUGAUUAAGCAGA